AUGUUGCCUUCUUCUGUGCGCCGAGUCGUCUCCUCAGCCGUCUCCUCGACCCCUCAGACCGGUGUCGUUUCCGUCCUUGCCUCAGCCACUUCAAAGACCACUCCCGUCUUUGUUCGAAAUCAGCAGCGACGAUGUUCUUCUUCAAAACCUUCGAAAUCUGACAACGGAGCCAACGAGAUCUCAGCUGGCCAGUCGGUGCCUGCUGCUACAUCACCAAAGUCUGGCAAUGAGAAGCGAAAGCGAAAGAGCAGCAAGGAUGCUUCCGAUCGAGCGGCUUCCAUCAGAAAGUUGCCAAGCGUUCCCAACACGCAUCACAUGUCACAAGAAGCUCUGGGGCUAUCAAGUUUCUUCUCACUACACAGGCCCAUCUCGGUCACCCAGACCAUGCCCCGAGCGGUUUCCGAUGAGCACUUCGCCUCCAUCUUUGCCUCCCGAAACAGAAGCAACAAGAUGGCUGAUACAGAUUCCACUCUCUCCAGCGCUAUCGAACAGUUGGAAGGGCCUAUGGCUCAGAUGACCAUUGGUGGAGGACACGAGGGCCAGGAAGGAAUGCACAAGGUUGAUAUCAAGAACCCCGAUGGUACCGAGUCCAGCAUGUAUCUCCAGAUCGACACCAUGUCAGGUGAAUUCCUGCCUUUCCGUCCUCCACCUCUGCCUCAACCCCAGGCUGCUGGUCAGGCAGAUAGUGCCGUUGCCGAUAUCGAAGCCGCCGAGGAUGUUCCCCAACACCGGAUGUACAAGGCUCUUUUCACCAUCGAGGAGUCCAUCGAUCCGGAUGGUCAAGUCCGUAUCAUGGCCCACAGCCCUCAGAUUGUGCAGGACAACCAACCGCGAAGCUUCCUCGAGCGUCUGGCCCUUCGCCAGCUCAAGUUCGACGAGGCCCAGGGCCGCCGAGACAUGCACGCCAUCAGCGUGAAACGACAACGAAAGCUCAGGAUGAAAAAGAAGAAGUACAAGAAGCUUAUGAAGAGGACACGAGUCCUGCGACGCAAGUUGGAUCGAACUUAG